AUGGGUAUGGAGUGUACUAAUACUAAAAGUACUAUUACUGAGGAAAAUAGUACUAGAAAUCCUGCACCUAAAGGAUAUAAAACAGAUUUAAUAAAUGAAGCAUCACCAGAAAUAUCAAUAAAUCCAUUAUCUGGUACAAUCAAAAUAUCAAUUUCAUUACAAGGAAAUAAAACUAUCGAGUUAACAUCAAAUUCAAAAUUACAACAUCAUCAUUGGUAUCAUAUUACACUUGUUCGAGAUAAAUACGAUAUACUUUUAUAUAUCAACGGAAUAUUGGAUAUGAAAUAUAUAACAAAAGGUAAUUUUUUUAAUAUAUAUAAAUAUUUAGUAAUAACAAGAACAAAUAAAUUACCAUUAUAUAUUGGUGGAGCACCAUUUAAUAAUUGUGAUUUCCCAUUUCUACUUGAUGAAUUAUCCAUUUUCUCACAUGCAAUUGGAAUGGAUGAAAUACAAGCAGAAGCAUCAUUUUCAUUAGGUGGUAUAGAAUCUUCAUAUAUUACUAUCGGUUGUACUAAUUGCACUAAAGAAGAAGGAAUGAUAUCAUGUCCUGAUGGUUAUCAUUUAUGUAAUAAAUUUGAACUUUAUACUGGUUUGUUUUUCCGUUACGGUGUGAGGUCCACGGCCAACAGAGGAUAUAAAGUAGCUAGAAAAUUAUCAUUAAAUAUUAAUGAUAUAAUGGCAUCUGCUUCUGCUGAACCUUCAAAUGCAAACACCGUAACGGUGGAAAAUUCUACUAUAAUUCUUGCUGCACCGAAGGGAGCUGAUGGACCCUUAGGUACUAGGUUCGAAUCCAAGUACCUCAACACUGCUCCUGGACCCUUAAUUAUCUAA